UAAGGUCACAUGCAUCCUACCUCCUAUUUCUAAUGAUCCAGAAGCUGAUGUUUGCAUGGGAGACGAAGCUAAUAAAGAUCUGGAUGACAUGGCCGAUUUAUCCAAGAGAGGUUAUAAGUUUAAAAUUAGAGAUUGGCGAAACAUGUCAGUAGACCUAUACGGUGCUAAUGAAGAAAUAAGAAGAGCAUCUUUACUGUUUGGGAAUGGAGGGAUGAGUCAAGCUUCUACUUCGUAUCAGGAGGAGUCUUUGGAAUCAAAGAUCAACAGAAUCAGCGAGAUGGUGGGAGAUAAUUUAAGGAUCAUGAACGAUCGUUUGUGUUUGAUUGAAAAAGACAGGAAACAGAUUAAAGAACGUGUGACAAACCUAGAGAAACUACAAAGAGUUACUUCAUAUGAAACUCCAAACAAUGAGACUGACACAACUCCAUUUCAUGAGACGGCUUCCAGACAAGGUGAAGCCAAUGCAGAUCAAGCAGAUGAACAACUUAACAAUGAGGAUACACGAGAGCCUAUGAAUGAGAUCACGAAAGAGACACCUGGUUCUCCAAUAGCUCAACAGAAUAUUGAGACUCCAGUCCUUACUCCAAUUCAGACGCAGCAGGAGACUCACGAGCUUAUGAAUGAGAUCAUUUCACCAAACAUUUCCGACACACAGCCAAAUACCCGAGCUCGCAGAAAUCUUUUAACAGAGCAAAAUAAGGAUGUAGAAAGCAGAGUUCAAAAUCCCUUUGAGAUCGGAGCAAAUGUGGAGAUUUCAUCACAAGAUGACAAUACUUGUCAUAAAUGGUAUCCAGGAAAUGUGUUGGCAACAUAUUUGGUUGAUGGGGUUGAGAUGGUGAAAGUUGAGUACUUCGUCCCGUCUCUGGACGAAAAGAAGAGGAAAAGGAGUGUUGAGACACGUGUAUCAAUUGACAGAAUACGUCCUCAACCACCACCUGAGAGAUCUGGAGCGAAGAAAAGUUAUGAGCUAAUGCAGGACGUGGAGGCGUUCGACAAUGGUGCCUGGUGCGCUGGAAAAGUUAAAGUCAUUUUGUUUGAUGGCUCGUGUUUUGUCUCUUUGAACAAUUCUAAAGAACAAAUUUACUUCCACCAUUCUGAGAUGCGAAAACCAAGAAAAUGGGUAGAUGGUGUUUGGGAGAUGACAAAAAAGAUGGAAGAAGAGCAGACGCAGAGUGUGAAUCCAAGUGAAGGAGAUGGUGAUAAAAAGGGGAAGGCGAAGGCUGUCGCUUGUAAGAAAAAUGAAGCAGCUGGUCCAUCAGAAGAUGGUGUUGGGAAAAUGGCAAAAGAGAUGGAAGUAAAGCAGGGUAAGAGUGUGAAACCAAGUCAAGACGAUCAUGCAAAAAAGGGGAAGCCACAUGUUGGUAAGAAGAAGAAAGCAAAUGCUCAGCCAGUAGAUUUGCUUCCUUUUCUACAGCGAGAAGAGAAGAGGCCAAUACGACCUAGAAACCCUCCUAUACCUGUAACACCUGAGGUAAUCCUUCCAAUUGAUCCAUUUGUGACACCUGAAUUUCCUCGGUUUUCAAGGCUUGCACACUGGAUGGAUCUACGGGGCAUAUAUCGUGUACCGUUUUAUAUCAAUGGAAAAGAAAUUGAAAAAGAGUUCUUUCAAAAAAUGGACGAUGCAGAAAACAAUCUCAACAAAGAGGUAAUCAACACUCUGUUCUGUCUUCUAUUUGAUUGUGUGAUAUGUUUAGGAAGAGGUUGAGUUGAGCUAUGCUAGAUGUCCAUGUUAUAGCAGUUCUAUAUGAAGUUUCUAACUAUAUUGUUACAUUGGCAGCACAUAAAUGUUGCAUUUGAAAUGCUAAAUUGUAAGAGGGUUGAGCAAGGUGCUUGGUUCCGCAACAACAAUCUUCCACCAGCAUGCUUUGUACCAGUCAAAUUCUUAGAAGUGGUUGGGUACGCUUAUGAAUCUGUCAGGAAGCCACAUAAGAAAAAAAAAAGUUAUUGGAGGGCUGUGUAGGCGAACUUGUGAAAGGUUUAAUACAUCCAAAGAAGGUAUGGCUGGAAGAUGUUGAUGUUAUAUAUGGUGUCAUUGAAGAUAAGUUGAGCUGUCACUAUAUUGGGGUGGAGAUACAAUUGAUGGACAACACAAUCACACUCUUCCAUUGUGGUCUUCCAAAAGCAAAUAUCAAACGUGCUCUUAAUCAAAUCCAAGAACUGGCAGGUAAAAAUAUUAGCUAAUUUAGAAAAUAAAAGUUUGUCACUUGCUGCUUGUGAUUGUGAUGCAUUUUUACAUAUUCAUUUUGUUGUCUGUUGGUGAUUGAUUUAUUGUAUAAUUUUGGGUAUUUAUGACAGUGUUGAUUAGUGCCAUAAAGAUGGAACUUCUUGGUGAAGAGGUUAAUUUCGAAGAUAUCAGUCCAUUUGAAGUUAAGUUUGCAGAAGGGCUUCCAAAGACAAAAUUUCCAUACAACUGUGGUAUUUUUGUUGUGAAGAUGCUGGAAUGCAGGUCACUGGGAUUGAAGAGCAUGGCUAAUAUAAAUGAUGAAACUGCGAUGGACUUACGAAGCAAGCUAUGUUGUGAGAUCUUCGACCAGUUUAUGGAUAAAGAUUUCCAGGAAGGUCAAAGGAAGUGAAAAUGUCAUAUUUGUUCUGUUUUCUACACUGUUUUUCUACUUUGAUAUUAAUUAUCCCUAACGUUUAAGUUUAAGUUUGUAAUGAAUUAUCCCUAACGUUUUUUUCAUUUAGAUUGUUAUUGAAAAAUUUUUAGGAUGUAUUGAUGAAUUGUCAAAUGCUUAUGGUACUUUUAGGAUGGGUUUCCAGAAAAAGAGUGAGAAAGCAAAAUGCACCAAAGCCUAGCAUAUUCCUUUAAAGUUUACAAAAAAAAUGAAAAAGAAAGUGAUCCGAUGUUGAUUGAACUCGUGAACUCUCGAAAGAUGAAUCAAAGUGUGCAGCCGCUGUGCCAAGGGUGUUAUACUUGCCAAAAGAUAUAAUAAAACGAUAAUAACUUGUAACUUUUGAAUAUUUAAUUAAAAACAGAAAAAAGUGAAAAUAUACACAACGGGAAUCGAACACGGCUUAUUGUGUGAUAAGGGUACACUAAGAGUAGAAGGGCUUGCCACUAGGCUAUGGUGGAUAUUCGAUAUCAGAGUAAAUGUGAACUUAUUUAUUCACAGACGAUAGAUUUAUAUGAUCUGGAUAUCAUUUUAAGUAUUCAGGAUAGCUUUCCAAAAACAAAUUCCUUUAAAGUUUACAAAAAAAAAAUGAAAAAGAAUGUGAUCUGAUGUUGAUUGAACUCGUGAACUCUCGAUAGAUUAAUCCAAGUGUGCAGCCGUUGUACCAAGGGUCUUAUACUUGCCAAAAGCUACAAUAAAACGAAAAUAACGUUUGAAUAUUUAAUUAAAAACAAAAAAAAUGUGAGUAUACACAACGGGGAUCGAACACGACUUAUUGUGUGAUAAGGGUACACUAAGAGUAGAAGGGCUUGCCACUAGGCUACGUUGGAUAUUCGAUAACAGAGUAAAUGUGAACUCAUUUAUUCACAGACGAUAGAUUUAUAUAAUCUGGAUAUCAUUUUAUGUAUUCAGGAUGGCUUUCCAAAAACAAAUAAGCAAAUCAGAUAACCAAGUUAUAAGAACACUAGGCCAAACCAUUACAAAAUAGUGAAAAACAUUGAACAAGUUUUUUAUUUAGGUUGUUAAUUGAAGAAACAACACAAGAGAAACAAAAGUGCUUAUUCAUUUAAAAUAAAAACUGAAAAUCAAACAUAAUGUGGUCCU